AUGGCCAGCCUUUGUUCUCUGUUAUUGACAGGCCUUCUGGCCUCGGUCGCCAAUGCUCAACAGUAUGAUGGUCGUGAUCGUGAAGAAGACGCCUUCAGUUAUAUCCAACCCAAAGACACUGUGAUCCUUGGACAAUACGGGCACUCGCCUUCCGUCCCAGCUCCAAAUGUGUCCGGCAUCGGCUGGGAAACUGCCUUUGCCAAAGCCCAACAGUUCCUGUCCGAGUUGACCCUCGAGGAAAAGUCGGAUCUCGUCACGGGCCAGCCCGGUCCUUGCGUCGGAAACAUCGUGGCCAUCCCACGUCUCGGCUUCAACGGCCUCUGUCUCCAGGAUGGCCCUCUAGCCAUCCGAACAGUCGACUAUGCCAGCGUCUUCUCUGCCGGUGUUUCGGCAGCCUCUACCUGGGACAAGGCCAUCUUGUAUGAGCGUGGUCUUGCCAUGGGCAAGGAGUUUAAGGCCAAGGGUGCUCAUGUCGCCCUCUCGCCCGUCGCCGGACCCCUCGGACGUUCCGCAUACUCGGGACGAAACUGGGAGGGCUUCUCCCCAGACCCCUACCUGACCGGUGUCGCCAUGGAGAAGACCAUCCAAGGCCACCAAGACGCUGGCGUGCAAGCCACCGCAAAGCACUACAUCGGUAACGAGCAGGAGACGAUGCGAAACCCCACAAAGGACCCCAAUGGCACCGUCACCGACGUGCUUCAGGACGCCGUCUCUGCCAACAUUGACGACAGGACUCUGCACGAGAUCUACCUCUGGCCCUUUGCCAACGCCGUCCAUGCUAAGGCCGCGAGCUUCAUGUGCUCGUACAAUCGUAUCAACGGCUCCUACGGAUGCCAAAACUCAAAGACCCUCAAUGGCAUCUUGAAGGAGGAGCUCGGCUUCCAAGGUUAUGUCAUGUCCGACUGGGGUGCCACGCAUGCUGGUGUCGCUUCCAUCGAGAGUGGCCUUGACAUGGACAUGCCCGGCAGUAUUGGCUUUGGUGAUCGCAGAAAGGGCUCAAUGUUUGGUGGAAACGUCACUCUCGCCGUCAACAACGGAACCCUCGACGUUGCGCGUGUCGAUGACAUGAUUCUUCGCAUCAUGACCCCUUACUUCUGGCUUGGACAAGACCAAGACUUCCCCUCCAUUGACCCAUCCUCAGCCGACCUCAACACCUUCUCUCCCCGAUCCACCUGGAUCCGUGAGUACAACCUCACCGGCGAGCGCAGCCGUGAUGUCCGUGGAAACCACGGUGAGAUAAUCCGCCGACACGGAGCUGAAGCCACCGUCCUCCUCAAGAACGAGAAGAACGUCCUACCCCUCAAGGCUCCCAAGUCCAUCGCCGUGUUCGGAAACGACGCAGGCGAAGACACUCAGGGUUUCCUCAACCAGAAGAACUUUGAGUACGGAACUCUCGUCGCUGGUGGAGGUUCAGGAACUGGCCGACUCACAUACCUCGUCACUCCUCUUGCUGCUAUCAAUGCUCGUGCCAAGAACGAUGGUUCCAUUGUCCAGCAGUGGUUGAACAACACCCUCAUCAUCAACUCCAACGUCACUGAUCUCUGGAUCCCGACGCCGCCUGAAGUCUGCCUCGUGUUCCUCAAGACCUGGGCCGAGGAGGCUGCUGACCGCGAGCAUCUCGACUCUGACUGGCACGGCAACGAGGUCGUCGAGUCUGUCGCCAAGUCGUGCAACAACACCAUCGUCGUGACCCAUUCCUCGGGCAUUAACACCCUCCCCUGGGCUGACCACCCCAACGUCACAGCCAUCCUGGCAGCUCACUACCCAGGACAGGAAUCCGGCAACUCGAUCGUCGAUGUGCUGUACGGAGACGUCAACCCCUCUGGCAGGCUCCCUUACACGAUUGCCUACAACGGCAGCGACUACAAUGCCCCACCUACCACCGGCGUGAACACUACUGGUCAAUAUGACUGGCAGUCCUGGUUCGAUGAGAAGCUCGAGAUUGAUUACCGUUACUUCGAUGCUCACAACAUUUCGGUGCGCUACGAGUUCGGCUUUGGACUUUCAUACUCGACAUUUGAGCUGUCCAACAUCCAGGCGGAGCCUCUGGUCGACGGCAUCACCUCCAAGCCCGAGGCCCAGCCCGUCCAGCCCGGUGGAAACCCAGCUCUCUGGGAGGGCGUGUACAACGUGUCCGUCGCCGUGACCAACACCGGAAGCCUGAACGGCGCAACGAUUCCCCAGCUCUACGUGACCUUCCCCGAGAGCACCCCCGAGGGCACACCCCCCAAGCAGCUGAGGGGCUUCGAAAAGGUCUGGCUGGCACCCGGCCAGAGCCAGACUGUCGGAUUUGAGUUGAUGCGUCGUGAUAUCAGCUACUGGGAUAUCAUUUCGCAGGAGUGGCUUAUUCCCAGCGGAGAGUUCACCUUGAGCGUCGGCUUCAGCAGCAGGGACUUGAAGGAAGUUGCGAAGAUUACGCCGGUAAAUGCUUGA